AUGCUUGGUCUCGACGGCGCCGGCAAGACCACGAUCCUGUACAAACUGAGGCUUGGGGGUAUGGUGAAGGCACGCCCCACCGUGGGCUUCAACAUGGAGACGGUGGAGCACAACCAUCUGAAGCUCAAAGUCUUCGAUUUCGGGGGGCGGAGCAAGAUCCGGAGGUUCUGGCACCACUACUCACCGGACGCGGAUGGGGUGAUCUUUGUGGUGGACAGCACUGACGGCGAGCGCAUGGGCGAAGCCAAAGAGGAGCUGCAGGCUAUGAUGGGAAAGCGGGAGUUGGAGAGGGCGGUAGUGCUUGUUCUCGCCAACAAGCAGGACUCUGACGCCAUGACUGCCGAGGUGACGGAGGUGCUUCAGCUCCGAAAGCGACAGGUCUGGUCCCUGCACUGCACCUCUGCUCCCAAAGGCUUUGGUCUUUCAGAAGCCAUGGACUGGCUGUCAAGCUCCCUGGCCUGCCCAUCCAAUGGAUCUACAUCCACUACCCGGAAAUGGGAAGACCUGCCUGAACCUGCGUGA